GGAAUGGCGUCCGCCGGUGACCCAGAGCCGGGCCGACCUCGCCUGGAUGACCUCAGGUCACAGCUGACUUGCGUCAUCUGCGCCGGCUACUUCAUCGAUGCAACCACCAUCGUGGAAUGUUUGCACACAUUUUGCCGGUCCUGCAUCUUGCGACACUUGGAGGCCAGCAGUUACUGUCCUGUGUGUGACGUUAUGAUACACAGGACCAAGGGCUCCUCUAGUCUCAAGGCAGACCGCAUUCUUCAGACCAUGGUGUACAAAAUGAUUCCCGGCCUGUUCAGAGGCGAGAUGAAACGACGGCGAGAGUUCUACCAGAUGAAGCCGUACGCAGGAAUGGCGUCCGCCGGUGACCCAGAGCCGGGCCGACCUCGCCUGGAUGACCUCAGGUCACAGCUGACUUGCGUCAUCUGCGCCGGCUACUUCAUCGAUGCAACCACCAUCGUGGAAUGUUUGCACACAUUUUGCCGGUCCUGCAUCUUGCGACACUUGGAGGCCAGCAGUUACUGUCCUGUGUGUGACGUUAUGAUACACAGGACCAAGGGCUCCUCUAGUCUCAAGGCAGACCGCAUUCUUCAGACCAUGGUGUACAAAAUGAUUCCCGGCCUGUUCAGAGGCGAGAUGAAACGACGGCGAGAGUUCUACCAGAUGAAGCCGUACGCAGACCCGGAGCUGCCUGGCUGGGCCAAGGGGGACGUGGACUCGUUCGUGCCGCACGUCUACACGGCCGACGAGGACGUCCACGUCCGGCUGGCGCUCUUCACCGCCGACCGGGCUGCGGACAGCGGUACAGAGGAGUCGGGGGAAGAGCCGCCGGCACCGGUUCCUCCGGCGCGCUACCUGCGCUGUGUGGCCGGUACACCGCUCACCGUGCUGCAGAAGUUUGUCCGGACCAAGUUCCAGAUGCCCCAGACAGUUCAGGUCCAGCUGAUUUACGGCAGCCACGUCCUUCCCGACGACAUCAGCCUGAUGGACCUCCAGUACAUGUACAACCCCAGUCAGGACGCUGCCGUCUGCUUGUCGUACCGCUUCGUCAGGCGGCAAAGGCGCACGGCACCCGCGGAGGCCGAGCUGGUGGAAGAGAUUGCUGACAAGCGUCCAAGAGAGGACCAGGAGGAAGCGGAUGUGUCAGACACCAAACGACAGAGAACGGAGGAUGCAGACGCACCAGACGCUAACAUGCAGACAUCAGAAGGAGGGGACCUACUUGAUUGUAAACCACACAUGGAGGAGGGAGAGAAGGCGCCAGGUGCCCAGCGGCAGGAGGCGAGUGAGAAACAGACGCCGGAUGUCCAUCGUCUGACCGCAGACCUCGAGACGCUCAAGAGACCGCUGGUCCUGCUCGAGCGGAUGUUCGACGUGGAAGACGAGGAGCCGACAUCGCCGCAGAUUGUGGAGGAUAUCAUCGCCAGCCUGGACGCGGCGGAGGAGGCAGCGGAUGAGGCGGCGGAGGAGGCGGCGGACAAGCCGGUGGACGAGGCGGCGCCAGACCCCGUCGUGAGCUCCCCGCUGCCAGCAGCGAUCGCAGGUCAGGCGACUGACCCUGCGGGCGUCCGCCAACCCGACGAGCCCCGCUCUGCCGAUCCGGCCACUCCUGCCCUGGCCCCGGCGCCGGAGAGCCGGCCAGGGCCUGGCGGACAGGCGUGUGGUGAGGCGAGGGAGUCGCGGCUGCCGGCGUCGCCCGCCGCAUUACAGACGGAUACAGGCGUGCCGAGUGUUAACUCCGAAGACCAUACGGUGGUCGAUGGCGCCGACUCCACUGUUCAGCGCCCCAGCGGUGACGAUUUCCAGAGGCCGGCGUCGGUGGACGGUGUCAGCAGUGGCGACUUCCAGAGGCCGGCGUCGGUGGGCAGUGUCAGCAGUGGUGACUUCCAGAGGCCGGCGUCGGUGGACGGUGUCAGCAGUGGCGACUUCCAGAGGCCGGCGUUGGUGGACGGUGUCAGCAGUGGCGACUUCCAGAGGCCGGCGUCGGUGGGCAGUGUCAGCAGUGGCGACUUCCAGAGGCCGGCGUCGGUGGGCAGUGUCAGCAAUGGCGACUUCCAGAGGCCGGCGCCUGCUGGCGGUGGCAGUAGUGACGACUUCCUCAGACCGGCGCCAGUUGACGGAGUUAGUGCAGUGUGCCCUACAGCGGCCGCGGCGCCAGAGGAGGCAAAAGCGGCUGAGAAGGAGGAUCGCACCAGGGACAGGCACUCGCUCGACACCGCAGGAAAGGCUCACGUCCGGGACAGCACCGCAAAUAAAAUCGACAAAACAGUGCCUGCGCCCAGAAAAAGCACAUCUGUGUGUAGUAAAAAAUCGGCGCUGGUCAAAGGCGCCAUAGAUACGUCUGACAAAGCGUGUGUAACGCCUAUCUCAAGUGAAAAUGCGACGGGGCCAACCAGCAAGGUACCUACACUGAUCAGGGAUGCGGAUAAGAGAGCUUUUCAAUUUCCGACAUCGAGAGGCGCCGCCAGGAUCGAGACCAGCAAGCCCUCGCGCUCUCAGGCGAAAGAGGCGAGUGUCGCAGCCAGCCCGGCGCCGGCGUGCGGUGGCCGCGCUCGAGCGAGCGGAGCGCCGGCCCGGCACGCCAGUGUCUCAGCCGGUGAAAUCCCGACGCCGGCGAAAGCGACCAGCGGCGCGGCGAGUCUGCUGGGGGCGCUGACCGCCACCUCGCCGGCGCUGCGGGGCUUCAGCGCCAUGGCCGCUGGCGAGCGAGAGGGCGAGGUCAGGAUCGAGCGCGUGCCAAACGUGUUCGUGCAGGCGGCGAUGACGGGCCAAGGAAAGGGGCACUUUGGUGCGGAGCCGGCGAGCCCGACGAAAGUCGACUGUUCGGUGCAAACCACGCCCGUCAGCAGAGACAGUUCGUCAGGAGAGACGACGAGGGGCGCUAGCUCUGCCCCGCCGCGCAUGGUAAACACCGGAACGGAGACGUCGGGGCUUGCGUCGGGGAAACGACCCGCCUCCUCUCGCCCGCCCAGCGUCGGGUCCAGCCAGGCCGCGUCGUCCAAAAAGCAAGCAGCCGGUGUCAGCCAUACCAGACCUUCCAGCACGCCUGCGUCGAGGCUGGGAGCGGCGCCCCCUGUCGUCAGCAUCCCCAAACCUCUGACGCCAAGCGGAGUUUCCCCAUUGACGCACAAAGCUGCGCCAGUGGUACACAAAGCGUCCUCUGCCAGCGUGCUGAAGGUCCCCCAUAUAUCCAACAAAUACCUGUUGAACGCGCGUGCCUCAACGUCUUCGAAACCCCAUCUGAAGUCGAAAACAUCACGCAGUAGCAAGGUGAACCAGGCCAAAGGCGCAAGUGUGUCAUAUUCUUUGUGGAAAAACGCAAGCCAAACAUCAUCCACGGGAAUGAUGCGAGCAACGGACACCACUUCCACAUCAUCAGCAAAGCGCCCAAGCACUCAUUCAUCUAGUGCGUUACCACUGGACCUGUCUACGCAUGUCCGGAAAGCAGUUGCCGCGGACUCCACUUCGAUGCUGGCGAAGACGCCGUCACCGCCUCCGAAGGCGAAGCCGGCGAAGCCGAAGUCUGCGAAAGCUCAGGGCACGCAGACCAUCCACUCGAUCGUGAGCAGCCUGGCCAGCAGGCAGCACAUCUCGCUGACGCCCGUCACCGCCAUGUCCGGCUCCUCCAGCAAGGCCUCACCGCUGGCCUCCCGAGCUCCGACCCCCCGCCCGCCGCUCAUCUCGACCCACUUGCCCAUGCCGCUGCCGUUGCCAAUGCCGGAGUACUCUUUCGCGCCCGGCGGCAUGUUCAACCCUCAGCUGCACGUCAACACGAGCAUGGCCAGCCGCUUGAGCUACGACAUGGCCAUGCGGAACCUGCUGACGCUCUCCCACAUGGCCAUGGCCCAGGGCGGUAUGGUCCGUCCGCCCAUGUUUCCCAUGCAGGCCAUGUUCCCGCCUCGGCCCAAGAGCCAGGACUUCCACCCGAUCCCAGACCCGUCGCUGCUGCGGCAGCAGUCCGAGGCGCGGAUGGGGGCCGCCUCCAAGAAGGCGUCGCCGACGGCGGGCAGCACGGCUCCGCAGCUGCGGACUCCGACCGCGCUCACGUCGGCCUCGAUCCAGCACAUGGAAGACCUGACGCGGACGCUGGGCAAGCGGCCCGAGAAGCAGCGUCACUCCGUCACCGUCACCGCCAUACCCUCCAGCGAAUGAAGGCAUUAACCUGCCACGCUAGUCUCUGCCUGCGAGUGCGCACGCUAAGGCUUCACACCCUUCUCUUCCCCCGUCCCCCUGCCCCAGCAGCCGGCUCGAAGAACUGCGCUAGACUGCUGGCCACGGGCGGACGCAUUGCGGGGUGCGGCAUUGCACGCCCUCGGCGCCAGUUUACACCUGAAUCGCCGUGACCUUUGAAGCAU